GGAGGGUGGGGGGAGGACGCGCGGACCGACAGACGGACGGACCGACGGGCGGGCAUGCGGGCGGCUCGACUCUAGCCCGGGCUCAGGGCUCCGGCCGCAGCCAUGGAGCGGCGGUUGCGCGCGCUGGAGCGGCUGGCGCGGGGCGAGGCCGGCGGCGGCCCGGGGCUCGACGGCCUCCUGGAUCUGCUGCUGGGGCUGCACCAAGAGCUCAGCAGCGCCCCCCUGCGGCGGGAGCGCAACGUGGCGCAGUUCCUGAACUGGGUCAGCCCCUUCAUAGCAAAGGUGAAAGAGCUGCAGCUGCAGAGAGAUGACUUUGAGAUCUUGAAGGUGAUCGGCCGAGGGGCCUUCGGGGAGGUCGCUGUGGUGAGGCAGAGGGACAGUGGCCAGAUUUUUGCCAUGAAAAUGUUGCACAAGUGGGAGAUGCUGAAGAGGGCCGAGACGGCCUGUUUCCGGGAGGAGCGGGACGUUCUGGUGAAGGGGGACAGCCGCUGGGUGACCGCUCUGCAUUACGCCUUCCAAGAUGAGGAGUACCUGUACCUGGUGAUGGACUACUACGCUGGAGGGGACCUCCUCACUCUGCUGAGCCGCUUUGAGGACCGUCUCCCGCCCGAGAUGGCCCAGUUCUACCUGGCCGAGAUGGUGCUGGCCAUCCACUCGCUGCAUCAGCUGGGCUACGUCCACAGGGACGUCAAGCCGGACAAUGUCCUGCUGGACAUGAACGGGCACAUCCGCUUGGCCGACUUUGGCUCCUGCCUACGGCUCAACAACAGUGGCAUGGUGGAUUCGUCGGUGGCAGUGGGGACGCCCGACUACAUCUCCCCUGAGAUCCUGCAGGCCAUGGAGGAGGGCAGGGGCCACUACGGCCCACAGUGUGACUGGUGGUCCCUGGGGGUCUGUGCCUACGAGCUGCUCUUUGGGGAGACGCCCUUCUACGCUGAAUCCCUGGUGGAAACCUACGGCAAGAUCAUGAACCACGAGGACCACCUGCAGUUCCCCCCAGAUGCUCCCGAUGUGCCGGCCAGUGCCCAAGACCUGAUCCGCCAGCUGCUGUGCCGCCAGGAGGAGCGUCUGGGCCACGGAGGGCUGGACGACUUCCGGAACCACCCCUUCUUCGAAGGUGUGGACUGGGAGCGGCUGGCGACGAGCACUGCCCCCUACAUCCCCGAGGUUCGCGGGCCCAUGGACACCUCCAACUUCGACGUGGAUGACGACACCCUCAACCAUCCAGGGACCCUGCCGCCACCCUCCCACGGGACCUUCUUAGGCCACCACCUGCCAUUCGUGGGUUUCACCUAUACCUCAGGCAGUCUGGGCCCUGAGAGCAGUUCUGAGCAGUUGGCUGCCCUGGAGCGGAAGCUCCGCUGUUUGGAGCAGGAUAAGGUGGAGCUGAGCCGGAAGCUCCAAGAGGCUCUGCAGACCCCCUCAGACCAUCGGGAGCUGGAGCAGCUACGGAAGGAAGUGCAGACUCUGCAGGACAGGCUGUCAGAGACGCUGAGGGACAGCAAAGUGGACGGGCGCCCGGCUGGUAGCUCAGGCCAGGACAGUGACCUGCGGCAGGAGAGAGACCAGCUCCUCCAGGAGCUGGUCGAGGCUCAGGCAGGGCUGCGGGCGCAGGAGCAGGAGCUGUGCAGGGCCCAGGGGUGGCAGGAGGAGCUGCUCCAGAAGCUGCAGGAGGCCCAGGAGAGAGAGGUGGCCAUGGCCAGUGAGACCCAGGCCCUGAACUCCCAGCUGGAGGAAGCCUGGGAUGCCCAGAGGGAGGUCAGCACUGGCUGCCUCUGCACCCCAUCCCAGCUGCAGGCCCAGGUGGCCACCCUGAGCCAGGAGGUGACGCAGCUCCAGAGACAGCAGGAACGAAGCCUGGAGAAGGAGCCUCCCCAGAUCAAGACCAUCCACACUGCCUCUGAGACCAACGGCACAGGAUUGCCUGAGGGCAGCAGGCCUCAGGAAGCACAGCUGAGGCAGGAGGUAGCUGCCCUGCGUGUGCAGCUGGAGCAGGCCCGCGGCCACGGGCCGAGUGGGAAGGAGGCGGCUCUGCGGCGGCUGCAGGAGGAGAACCAGCAGCUGAGCCGCGAGCAGCAGCGGCUGGUGGAGGAGCUGGAGCGGGAGCAGCAGAGCAAGCAGAGACUGGAGGGCGAGCAGCGGGAGACAGAGAGCAACUGGGAGGCCCAGAUCGCGGACAUCCUCAGCUGGGUGAAUGACGAGAAGGUGUCAAGAGGCUACCUGCAGGCGCUGGCCACCAAGAUGGCCGAGGAGCUGGAGUCCUUGCGGAACGUGGGCACCCAGACUCUCCCUGCCCGGCCGCUGGAUCACCAGUGGAAGGCACGGCGGCUGCAGAAGAUGGAGGCGUCGGCCAGGCUGGAGCUGCAGUCAGCACUUGAGGCCGAGAUACGGGCCAAGCAGGGCCUGCAGGAGCGGCUGACGCAGGUGCAGGAGGCCCAGCUGCAGGCUGAGAGCCGUCUGCAGGAGGUCGAGAGGCAGAACCAGGGCCUGCAGCAGGAGCUGGCUACCCUCCGGGAGGAGCUGCGGGCCCAUGGGCCGGGGGACACCAAGCCCUCAAACUCCCUGAUUCCCUUCCUGUCCUUCCGGAGCUCAGAGAAGGAUUCCACCAAGGACCCCGGCGUCUCAGGAGAGGCCCUGAAGCCUGGGCUGGAGCCCGAGCUGAGGCCAGAGGGCCGCCGCAGCCUGCGCCUGGGGACUGUGUUCCCCAGAACGCCUGCUGCUACCACACCCCCUGCAGAAGGUCCUCCUGCAAAGCCUGGUUCACACACGCUGCGCCCCCGGAGCUUCCCAUCCCCCACCAAGUGUCUCCGCUGCACCUCGCUGAUGCUGGGCCUGGGCCGCCAGGGCCUGGGCUGUGACGCUUGCGGCUACUUCUGUCACUCGACUUGUGCCCCACAGGCCCCACCCUGCCCCGUGCCCCCUGACCUCCUCCACACGGCCCUGGGAGUGCACCCUGAAACGGGCACGGGCACCGCCUACGAGGGCUUCUUGUCGGUGCCACGGCCCUCGGGUGUCCGGCGGGGCUGGCAGCGAGUGUUUGCUGCCCUCAGUGACUCACGCCUGCUGCUCUUUGAUGCCCCAGACCCGAGGCUCAGCCCGGCCAGCGGGGCCCUCCUGCAGGCACUGGAUCUGAGGGACCCGCAGUUCUCGGCCACCCCUGUCCUGGCCUCGGAUGUUAUCCACGCCCAAUCCAAGGACCUGCCCCGCAUCUUUAGGGUGACGGCCUCCCAGCUGACGGUGCCGCCUGCCACGUGCACCGUGCUGCUGUUGGCGGAGAGCGAGGGCGAGCGGGAGCGCUGGCUGCAGGUGCUGGGCGAGCUGCAGCAGCUGCUGCUGGACGCACGGCCCAGGCCCCGGCCGGUGUACACGCUCAAGGAGGCCUACGACAACGGGCUGCCGCUGCUGCCCCACGUGCUCUGCGCCGCCAUCAUCGACCAGAAACGGCUUGCUCUGGGCACUGAGGAGGGGCUCUUUGUGAUCCACCUGCACAGCAACGACAUCUUCCAGGUGGGUGAGUGCCGGCGGGUGCAGCGGCUGGCUGUGAGCCCCACCGCGGGCCUUCUGGUCGUGUUGUGCGGCCGCGGCCCCAGCGUGCGCCUCUUUGCCCUGGCCGAGCUGGAGAAUGUGGAGGCAUCAGGUGCCAAGAUCCCCGAGUCUCGAGGCUGCCAGGCCCUGGCAGCCGGGCGCAUCCUGCAGGCCCGCACCCCCGUGCUCUGUGUCGCAGUCAAGCGCCAGGUGCUCUGCUACCAACUGGGUCCAGGCCCGGGGCCCUGGCAGCGCCGCAUCCGCGAGCUGCAGGCACCAGCACCUGUGCAGAGCCUGGGGCUGCUGGGUGACCGGCUGUGCGUGGGCGCGGCUGGCGCCUUCACCCUCUACCCGCUGCUCAACGAGGCUGCGCCCUUAGCGCUGGGAGCCAGUCUGGUGCCUGAGGAGCUGCUCCCAUCCCGCGGGGGCCUGGGUGAGGCCCUGGGCGCCGUGGAGCUCAGUCUCAGUGAGUUCCUGCUGCUCUUCACCACCGCCGGGGUCUAUGUGGACAGCGCCGGCCGCAAGUCUCGCAUCCAAGAGCUGCUGUGGCCAGCAGUGCCCACGGGUUGGGGUAGCUGGUGUGAUGGGCUACAGCCUGGAAGAGAGGGACAGCGCUCCUUUCAUGAACAAUCGCCCGUCUCGGGUUACGCAGCCCCCUACCUGACAGUGUUUAGCGAGAAUGCCAUCGAUGUGUUUGAUGUGAGGAGAGCAGAAUGGGUCCAGACGGUGCCACUCAAGAAGGUGCGACCCCUGAACCCAGAGGGCUCCCUGUUCCUCUUUGGCACCGAGAAGGUCCGCCUGACCUACCUCAGGAACCCGCUGGCAGAUACGGACGAGUUCGACAUCCCCAACCUCACCGACAACAGCCGGCGCCAGCUGUUCCGCACCAAGAGCAAGCGCCGCUUCUUCUUCCGCGUGUCGGAGGAGCAGCUGCAGCAGCAGCGCAGGGAGAUGCUGAAGGACCCUUUUGUGCGCUCCAAGCUCAUCUCAACGCCCACCAACUUCAACCACCUGGUGCACGUGGGCCCUGCAGACGGAAGGCCCAGCGCCAGGGACCUGCCCCCGGCUCCGGAAGAGAAGGGCCGAGGUGCCCGCAGCUCUGGCCCGCAGCGGCCCCACAGCUUCUCCGAGGCCUCGCGGCGCCCAGCUUCCAUGGGCAGUGACGGCCUCGCUGGAGACGCGGACCACACUCCUGGAGCAGUGAAGAGGAAGCCUUGGACGUCUCUGUCCAGCGAGUCGGUGUCCUGCCCCCAGGGAUCUCUGAGCCCCGUGGCCUCCCUGAUACAGGUCUCAGAACGGCCCCGGAGCCUCCCCCCGGCCCCUGAAUCUGAGAGCUCCCCUUGACACCCUCCGGCGGGGCCCAACCCCCAAUCCCAGGACCGAGAGAUGUGAGGGAGCAAAGAGCUUGAGGAACGCCAUAUUCCGGCUGGUCCGGGACGUGUGGAAAUUUGGACUCAGGGAGGGCCUGGGCUGGGCAGCCAUGGCCUGGGUUGCUAGGACAGUGCCGGGGUGGGGUGGGAUCUGACUCCCAGCCCUCAUCCCGCCCUUCGCUCUGCUCCCAGCCCCAGCCUGGGCUAGCCAUGGGGAAUAGGAUGGCCCCCUUCUGCCCUGGGGACCCCUCUGCGCCAGUGUCCAGGGGUGAUUUUGCCAAAGCUCUCACUUCCAGGGCCAAGCCCCAGGAGUGCUGUGCGCAAGAGUCCAGAAGAGGGACAGAGAGGGGCCGGGUUCCUGGGAGCAGUCUGGGGUCUUGGCUGUGGACUGUCUAACCCUCAAGGAGGUUGAGUUGGGGCAUAUCCCAGUCUCUGCUCAGGGUCAGGGCAGGAAAGACAGGCUGUAAUCCAGAGAAAGAGGUAGAGAAGGAGGGAGAGGAUGUCGGUGAAGGAGGUGAGAGAGGCAAGGGGGAGGAAAGGAAGUGCAAGAGGAGGGGAUAGUGAUUAGAAGGAGGUGAAAGCCAUCCAGAGGAGGAGAGAAGGGUAAAGGAGGAGCGAUGGAGAAGAGAGAGGCCAGAGGAGAGGGGUGGAGGGAGAGGGAGCUGGGAGAGCACACGCGCGCAGGCGCCUUCUGUCUGGGGGGGAGUCGGUGGGGGUGGGAAGAGGGAGGGGCUCCGCGAGCCAACUGACAUUGUCAUCUAAUCUGUCCAGGAGGAAGAUAACUCCGAGCCAGGGAUGGGAUGGGGGGGUAUUUAUAAGGGCUACUUGGUGGGAGAUGGGCACCCUACGGGUUUCCAGGCACACUCUGGCCCUUCGCAGAAAGGCGAGGGGUCCUUUUUCUCAAAGCUUCAACCACCUGUGUAUUAGGGGAUCAUAGGGGCAUUUUAUUAUUGAUCACAGUCAUUAUUAUUGUUAUUAUAUUACUAUUUUUAUUAAACCUCCCCCUACUGAUGAGUAGGGAGCAAAAUAAGUAUUUAUCUCCUCAAAUGCCAUAUUCCCGGGAGGGAUAGACCCUGACACUCUGUGAGGCAGUAAGAAACCAAUAAAGACAACUUUGUAAGCUG